AUGGCCGUCCAUUCAAGCGACACUCUACCUGAAAUGCUACCAUCAGCACUCGAGACCCUGAUCCCCGGCUUCUCUCUCUUUACCCGAAUUUUGUCUCUGUACUUACAAUUUGAUGUCUCAAAUGUCUCGAGUUAUAUUCUUUUCUUCAUUAUCCUUUCUGCCUUUUUCAAAUUCGCGUUGAACAACUCUCGACAAUAUUUUUCGGUCAAGAAGUCUAGCUUCACCCCUCCAUGGACAGACGACGACUCAGGUGACACAAUUGAGCGGCUAAUUGACCUCCGUCGCAGCCCUCGUCCGAGUCUCAGCAACAUCUGGCUUACGGACGCUGAGACCAUUACCAUUUAUACUUUGAGAAGAGGAGUUCUGACCGAACUACUAGAAGAAGUGCAAAAAUUAUAUCUCGAAUGCAAGAGCAGUCAAGUCGCGAUUUAUCGCGGCCUGAACGUUCAAAAUAUGCUCUGCUGGGCCUUAAGCUCUUCAAAGCCUCGUCCGCUUUCUACUUUGGCUCUUGAUUCCAGGAUGAAAGAAGAAAUCAUUUCUGAUAUUGAAAACUUUUUCGUGCCAAAAAAAACAAAACUGGUAUAG